UAUAAUGAGGUACGAACUGGUGGUCCUCACUGCUGGGUUUACAGGUUUGCUCAGUUUUAGCCUCCUCGCUGUGGCUAUUGGGACUGAUUACUGGUACAUCAUCGAUGUGAAUAAACCCAACCACACAGGUCCAGACGAGCUGAGUUCACAUUCUGGACUCUGGAGAAUUAACGAAGGUGCAAACAGGAGCUCAGUCAUCCCUUCUUUCACAGCAAAUAUGUCCAGCCUGUCAGAGGCAGAAAGACACCUUCUUGGCUUGCACAAGGUGGUGGUCAUCGUGUUGCCCCUCAGCCUGGUCCUGCUGGUGUUUGGCUGGAUCUUGGGACUCGUCAGCUCGUUCGCCAGCCGUCCCAACCUGCUGGCUGGAUCAGCAUCCUACUUUCUCUUUGGCAGUCUUUUUACCCUGACCGGGGUCAGCACCUACAUCAAAUACUCCAACCAGGCCAUGGAGGAGUUCCAGCGGAUGGUGUCCCCAGAGAACCUCGCCAACGUGGAUGUGUCCUUCGGCUGGUCCUUAGCUGCAGCUUGGCUCUCCUACAGCCUGGAGGUGGCCACUGCCCUGCUGCUCAUGCUAGCUGCAAGAAUAACGCAGAUGAAGGGACACUAUGACUCUGGUGUAGCCGUCGCCAUGUUAUAG